ACCCUGGGCGCUCGGAUGCAAAUUAGCCCGGCGGCCCCUCCCGCCGCCCGGCGGCUCCGGAAGCGGCGGGCUCCGGCGCGCUCGGCUCCUCGGCUCCCGCGGCCGCCCUUCCCGCCCGGCACUCGCGUCGGGCCGGCGAUGGCGGCGCGGCGCGCGCGGCCGGUGCGGGUGCUGGUGGACAUGGACGGCGUGCUGGCCGACUUCGAGGCCGGCCUCCUGCGCGGCUUCCGCCGCCGCUUCCCCGGGGAUCCGUACGUGCCGCUGGAGGAGCGCCGGGGCUUCCUGGCCCGCGAGCAGUACCGCGCGCUGCGGCCCGACCUGCCGGAGAAGGUGGCCAGCGUGUUUGAAGCUCCAGGCUUCUUCCUGGACUUGGAGCCCAUCCCGGGGGCCCUGGAAGCCCUGCGGGAGAUGAGCACCAUGGAGGACACUCAGGUCUUCAUCUGCACCAGCCCCAUGAGGAAGUAUGACCACUGCGUCAGCGAGAAGUACCGCUGGGUAGAGAAGCACCUGGGGCCCCAGUUUGUGGAGCGCAUCAUCUUGACUACAGACAAGACGGUGAUCUUGGGGGACCUGCUCAUUGAUGACAAGGACACCAUUCAAGGCCAGGAGGACACCCCAAGCUGGGAGCACAUCUUGUUCACCUGCUGCCACAACCAGCACCUGGCCCUGCCCCCCACAAGGAGGCGGCUGCACUCCUGGGGGGACAACUGGAGGGAGAUCAUAGACAGCAAGCGGGGAGGCUCACCAUGGGACCGGACCGGGGCUCGGUCAGGAGCAAGCCAGGGGCGAGUAGCUGCAGGCAGGGGAGGCGGCCGGCAGAGAACUGGAGCUGAGCAGAGUGACACGGAGCCUCGCGGCAGGGUCUCCCCCUGUGGCAGGGAGAGCCGGUACCCGCUGUUCUCCCUCUGACCCAGGCCCUUGGCAAUCAGUCAAGAACAUUUUAAUAAAAAAUGUUGGUGCUCUGGUC